AUGCCUUUCAGGAAGAACCACAAGAACAAUUCUAACAUCCACACGACUCUUUACGAUCAACAUGUCGUCAUUGUCCCGCCGCCUCCACCAAGAUUCACCAUAACAGAAUGGUACCUGAACAAUCGGCAGAGGUACAGGGCUUGCGACGAUCAGCAAGCCCUGGCCGACAAAGUUCUUGCGGAAUCGGAUCGGGUCAGGGAGCAAACCGACGAGGAAACCAAAUUGAAUAAGCGAGAGGUUGACCAUCAUCUCGGGCAAAAGAUACAGGACAUCGAGUUUAUGAAAGGGGAGAUCGACAAGCAAAGAAAAGAAGUUGUAAAAGAGAUGGACAAUCUGACGCUGUACGCUGAUAGAAUAAACGAUGCGGUGCGCUGCAUCGACGAGUGCUACAAUAUAUGCAAGAAGUGCAUCAUAAUGCGCGAAGUCAGAUUGGGAAUUGAUUUGUGCCACGACGAUGUUGAAAGGGAGCUGCUGAAAGAAAGGGACGUUAUCGAGGGCGCAAAAGCGCUCUUAACUCGAGAUCUUCAGCAAUCCAACGAGCAAUUGCGGCGUUUACGAAUGACCGUAUACUUUAUGGACAGAGAUUUAGAAGAUAAAUGCAACGUGCUCAAAAUCGAUGAACACAAUUUGGGGUUGAGAGAAGACUCUUUAAAUCUCAGCAUGUACCAUGGAUUCUGUCCGCUAGAUCCAGCCUCAAUCACUGCAGAAGAGUGGGAACAAUUUUCGAAAACGAGCAUAGAGAAUGGAGCCAAAGAAAUAAACAGCGCAAGAUUGUUAAGAUCCUACGUUGAUACCAUUAUAAAUCAGGCGAUGAUGGAUCUGAAGAAUCAGUACCACGUCGUGAACGAUGCUUUCCGUCGGCGCAUCGAGGAAACGAAGGAAUGCAAAUCGAAAAUGGAAAUUCAGCAUGCAGAGGUUGUGCGGCAAGUGAACGAGAUAACCAGAUCGUUGACCCGUUUGCAAAAGUCUAUGGCGGAGAAGGAAGGUUUCAUGGCUUUGGCGCAUACGCGUUUAGGGAACAGGGCGCAAAGACCCGGUAUGGAAUUGUGCAGGGAUUUGGUUGAAACCAAUUUAGUGAAAGAAGUCACCGAACUUCGGUACAACGUAUCCAGAUUGCAACAAAUGAUGGCUGAGGGCCAAGCUUCGAUGCGGUAUUUACUGAAGACUCAGAUACAACUCGAGGAAGACAUCAACAUUAAAACGAACACUCUGAAAAUCGAUGAGGUGGAUUGCAUGACUUUGAGACAAAGCAUGAACUAUCAAAAUUACUAA